UGAGCCAAAGUUUCUCGGACCAAAUAGAGGUAGCGAGCUUGCGAGCUUGCGAGCUAUAGGAGUCCAUCCACACAAACACAGAAAAGCGAUAAGAGAGAGAUGGCGAUGACGAACGCCUGGGUUGCACAGCCCCGUGUCCGGUUACAAUCGUGCCUCGAUCCGCCCAUAACCCAUUUCUCGCCGUCCUCGGUGUCUUCGCCGAUUCCUCAGCGGAAAAACAGCCUUCUUGGCGAAGCGGGAACUGCUCUCAAGUGGUCCUUCAGGGCUGGCCGAAUCACACCGACCACCAUCUCCUGUUGCUGCUGUGGUGGCGGCGAAGUUUGCUUGGAAUGGAAUUGGAGCCGAUGGAGCCGCCAUUUCUCGGAGAUGGACCAUGCCGAAAGCUUCACCUUCGUUCUCAAGUCUCAACUUGAAGAGGCUAUUAAGAAUGAGGACUUUGUGGAAGCUUCCAAACUGAAGACAGGGAUUACUGAAGCAACAUCAAAGGACGUUGUAGCACAAGUUAUUUCUGAAUUGAGGAGCGCUAUAGAAGAUGAACGCUACCAUGAUGCAUCAAGAUUAAAUAGGCUUCCAACUGGGCUUGUUGGUUGGUGGGUAGGCUUUCCAGAAGAUCUUGACAACCCUUUUGGUAGAAUAGUGCGGAUUUUGCCUUCUGUUGGGAGAUUUGUGGGUAAGAGUUACAGUGCAAGACAACUGCUUACCGGAACGUCAGGGACCCCUCUCUUUGAAAUCUUCUUGGUCAAAGAUAGUUAUGGGGAAUACAUAACACAGGUAGUAAUCUUGCAACCGGUGAAAAGAAAUUCCAAUAUUUCCAUUUCAUCACCUCUUAAAACUGGAGAUAGUCCCACCAAUGAUUCUGAGGUGACAUCCAUUGAAAGGACACCUACUAAAGAAGAUGUUACUGAUAAAACCAUUGGAGAGAAAGAUGAUCCAAGCAUUAACUCCAAGGAGUCUAACGAAGAGGGGUUAAAAAGUGUGAUUAAUUUUCUCAAAGAAAGAAUGCCUGGGUUUAAAGUCAGGAUCUUGAAUGCCAACAGAUCUGAAGAAGUCAAAGCGCAAUCAGAAUCUGUAGAACAGAAGCAGGAAUAUAAUGAAGAAAGUGCUACUAAUGAGGAUUCCAAGGAAAAAAGUAACCUUGAGAACAUGCUGGAUGAUUCUGUUUCCUUGGAUGAGGGCACCGAUCCUACUGAAGGUGACAGAGACAUGGCUGUGAAGCUUUUUAUUGGCGGGGUGCUUCACAACUGCGAAGAUGUUUUAUCAAAAUCAUUUACUCGUCUUCCAGCGGAACUUCAAGGCGUGCAAAGAGAUUCAUUCAUACUUCAUGUUACUGGAAGUAGUGAUGAAUCAGAUAUUGAAGAGCAGAAAGCAACAAGAGUCAAGGUUGCAGCUAUUACUGCUCAAGCUGCCUCAGAUCUAAUGCCUCCUGAAGUUGCAAAGGCCUGGAGCAUGGAUAAAACCAAAGUCUCUAAAGAUCUUCGGGAGGUGGUUAAAUUUGCAGUUAGCCAAGCUCAGAGAAGAAAUAGAUUGUCCAAGGCAACUGUCUUUAAUCGGAUAAUAGUUGAUAAUAGUGGUAUAGAUCCAUUUGAGGGUUUAUUUGUUGGAGCUUUUGGUCCAUUUGGCACUGAAGUAAUACAACUACGGCAUAAAUAUGGUCACUGGAACGACUCAGCUGAAACUGACUCAGAAAUGGAGUUUUUUGAAUAUGUGGAAGCUGUUAAAUUGACUGGGGAUCUGAAUGUUCCUGCUGGGCAGGCCACAUUUCGUGCCAGAAUUGGUAAGGGAAAUCGUCUUGUGAAUCGUGGAGCCUACCCAGAGGAGCUUGGUGUGGUUGCCAGUUACAGGGGUCAAGGACGAAUGGCAGAGCCUGGAUUUAAGAAUCCUCAGUGGGUUGAUGGCAUGUUAGUGCAACUCAAUGGCAAGGGAUUUGGGCCACAUAUCAGAGGCACGGAGCUAGGGUUUGUGUUUAUUCCACCCAGCCCUACUCAGAGUUUUAUGGUUCUUUUUGAUCGAUUGAAACUCCCAGACUGAUGCCAAACGUAACCAGUGGUCCAGUACCAGUGAUGUGUGAAAAUCUCCUCUUGCGGCAGAAUAUGGUGGAUUUUUUUUAGAGGGUCGUUUGAUUUAAUGUAUGAGGUUUUCUAACCUUUUUUUAUCUUUAAGCAGAGAUGGCCUUGUUUUGUUAAUACCCGAGUAUGUGCAAUAUUAAUGAACUAGUUUGCAUUAGGACAGGGUUCUAUGCUUAUCAUUAGAAUUGCGAUAUUUUCUUCCGUUGGGAUAUGUGAAGAUAGAAUUGAUGCAUAUCUUUGUCUCUAUGUGAUUAUCAUUUCAAAUGCUUGAUGGUGAUUCAAUUGAAUCAUUUUUUAUUA